AUGCCUUGGGAACUGCAGGUCUGUCGCUUCUGUCAGAAGAAGUACGGCAACAAGACUGGUCUACGCAGGCAUUUGAUUCAGUAUAUUGACGAAUGGCGUAUACCAGCUGACGGGAUUCACGAUGUGUUGGAAAUUCAAAGGAUUCUCUACCCUGAAGACGACGACAACGAGUAUCAAUGCCCCUCUCGCGAUUGCCGAGAGAUAAUCGCUACCAGACAAAAGUUCAUCCAGCAUGUCGUUACUAAAUUGCAUUGGGGAGGGUUUCCUGAAGGCCCAUUGAGAGGUAGCAAUGAUGCCAAUGACGAGAGCGUAGAUCUCAGCAAUAUUAGCGAAUGGGUGCUUCCUUUUGAUGAGAAAGUGGUGAAGAUCUUUAAACCAGAAGGGCCAUUUCCACUUCUUCGCCUUCCACCUGAGCUGCGGACCAUAGUUUACGAAAUGACUCUCUGCUGCCCCGGGAUCAACAUUUGCGCAAUGAAAGAAGAAGCUCCGAGCCCUCGACAAGCAAAGGUCUUCCUUCAGCGGAACAGGGAUAACAAUCCCUUGUCUCUUUUGAUGACGAGCCGUGGGAUCUAUGAUGAGGCACGGAGUGUGUUUUACAGUAAAAACAAAUUCACAUUUGCUAAUAUUGACGCUGUCCCAAUUUUCCUCAUAGGUAUUGGACAGGAGAACGCGAAACUUCUACGAUCUCUGAGAUUGAUGCCUGCUGGUGAAGAUCAAUUCGAAAACCAGCUCAGCACUAUUCGUCAACACAUCUGGGGAAUAAAUGGACAGGAUUCAACAAACAACAAAAAACUAGAUAUCUGGAAUGACCACACAACAUAUUUAGAUCUCCUCGAAAAAAUCGGCCGUACAAGUUGCAUGUAUCCACUUCCAGAGCCACAUCGCUUCAUCCUUUGGAAUCCACGCAAUACGGGCCACGCGAAUCGGGUGCGUUUCAAACUGCACUGUCAUUUCUCAGACACUAUCUUCAAAUACAUGCAUGGCUAUGAACGUUGGAAUGCACACGUAUGGCAUGGAGAGGCCAGUUAUGAAUUGAUCCUGCAUGUGGAAAAGAAUGAUUAA